CAUGUCUUGCACAAGUCAAAUAUUAAUAAAAUAAUGCGCACGUACACAUGUGGCUGAAUCUAUUCUGCAGGUUCUGUUCCAUAAAUGUUCUUAACACAAGGGAUGUUGUGCAUCGACGUUUAGGGUCAUGGUUCGCCUUUAUGACUUGACGUGUCGUGGUGGACGUGUGUGAUUAGACUGGAUUCUGUCGGGUGCCGUGCUAGACGUGCAUUCUGAUAUAGACUGCGGAACAGAGCAGACGGUUCUGCAGGAGACCCACCCGCUUGGAGAACAAUUCUAACCACGCCAAGCAGUCAAGUGGAUUGGUAAACGGAUUGACAAUCGCAAUGUCGUCUGUGCUCGGCGUCGUGGCCAAGCAGCUUAAAAGCCAUCCCGCUCUCAUUCCUCUGUUCAUCUUCAUCGGUGGAGGGGCGACCAUGAGCGCGAUGUACCUGUCCCGCCUAGCUCUGAAAAACCCCGACGUCUCAUGGGACCACAAGAACAACCCAGAACCCUGGAACAACCUGGACCCCAAACAUCAGUACAAGAUGUUUACAGUGAAUAUGGAUUACUCUACUUUGAAGAAGGACAGACCUGACUUCUAAACAUUUCUGCGACCAAAAAAAAAAAUUCUAAAUAAAAAAGCACUUAAACUAAUUGAAACGAGUUCAAUAAAUGACUCAUGUUGUGUGCAUGCGGUGGGAUCCUUCCCAGAUGAUGAUU